CUUUGUCUCUUCCGCCGGGCUCGGAGCAGCGUCCGCGCUCCGCUGUCGCUCCUGCAGGGGGCCCAGGUGUCUCUGCCGCAGCCCGUGUCACCCGUGACCUGCAGGGUCCUUCCGCCUGCGGGUGUGGUGGUAGCAGAUGGAGGGGUCGCGCUGAGGCCUUGACAUGCACAUGCUCAAGAUGCAGCUGUGACCUGUGCAGAUGACCUCAGCUGAGAGGGCGCCUUAGAGAGGCCGGAGGAAGAGGAAGAAAUGGCUGGUUCUCAGUUGGUGUGAAGUUUACUUGCUUGGUUAGAGCGGCCUCUGACAGACUCCUCUACUGUAGUGAUGAUUUUCUAAAUUGUCAGUAAGUAUCAUGGGGAGUUUUACUCAGGGAGGUACAUAAAUCAUCACGUUUCAUCUGGCAGUUCUCCUUUUUCUUAGUUUUGCUCUUUGGCUUAUAGCUUGCUUUGGAAAAUGAAGGCUCUCAUCUUUGUGUACUGGUCAGGUGAACCAGGAUAAAACCCAGGUUCUACUACUUGCUGUAUGUUUGACAAGAUAUUUUCUAUGGGCUGGAAGAGUUGGAAUUACGGGUGAGUGUGUGAGAAAUGCAGAAACUCAGGCCCCACUCCAGAUCUCCUGAAUCAGAAUCUGCCCUUCAGUACGAUCUCCAGUUCACAGCCGUGCACAUUGAAAUUUCAGUCAUGCCUUUCUAACUCACCUUGACUUUUCCACAUGAGAAACAUAUACAGCUUAUUGUAUAUGAUGUGUAUAUGUAUACAGCACUGAAAAAUAUAUAUGCCUCUGUGGAUGCCCUUAAUUUGUCUGAGUACUUUAUCAUGCAGAAAAGUACAGUAUCUGCACGUUCUGUGGAUCUCUUUGCUGCCCUCUGUCCCCAGAGUAGAGAAUGCGUUAGAGGAUGUUACUGUGUUAAUUGCUGGGUAAUUCCAGUCACUCACGUAAGUCAAAGCCACUUCUCUUCCCUCUCUCGUUUCACCUUUAGUGAAAUUAAGAGCGUUGGCCAUGGCUGUUUGGUAAAUACGUUUUUCCCCCUAGGGAUUGUUGACAUUCAGGGACGUGGCCAUAAAAUUCUCUGUGGAGGAGUGGGCGUGCCUGGACCCUGCUCAGCAGAAUUUGCAUCGGGAUGUGAUGUUAGAGAACUACGCAAACCUGGUCUCUGUGGGUCUUGCUGCCUCUGAGCUGGACCUGAUUUCCUGUCUGGAGCACAGGCAAGAGCCCGGGCCUGUGAGGAGACAUGAGGCAGGAGCCACACACCCAGAUAUAUUUUCUCAUUUGACCCAAGGCCUAUUGACAAAGAAGUACAUAGACGCUCCAUUCCAAAAAGAGAUAUUGGGAAGAUUUGCGAGGUGUGGUCUUGAAAAUUUCCAUAUACAGAAAUACUGGGAAAGUGUGAGUGAAUGUGAAGGGCAGAAUGGAUGUUACGAUGGACAGAAAAAAUGUAGGACAACUACCUGUAACAAAAAUACCAUGGAUAAUGGAGGUCAACAGUACAAAACAUUUGGGGACAAAACUCCAUCUAUGUCAAUUACUUUUGCUGAACCCCAUGUUUCUGUAAGUACAUGUCAAGAUCAUGUUUUGGAACAUAACAUUCAUCUGAAAGGACAUUUGGAAAAUCUAAAUAGGGACUUGGUCCAUGUUCCAAAUAAUGACUUGGACCAAGUCAAGUAUAGAAUUGGAUUAAAUGUUCAGUCACAUAUUUCUGGAGAUCUGAGAUUUAAAAAUGAAGGGAAGAUUUCUAAACAUGAUCAAUUUGAUGAGUCCGUUGUUGAAAGUUUAUUAUUCUUCCACCAAAACAUAAUACCUUCACCUACCAAAAUCAAUAAUGUUGACCAGCACGGGAAAGUCUUCCCCCACUCAUCAUUGUUUAAUCAAUAUGAGGAAAUAGAUAACUUGGGGAAAUGUCACACUUAUAAUAAAACUCUGAUGUCCUUGAGCCAGGACUCUACCGUAAAUGAUUACCAAGAUAUUUAUGUUGAAGACAGAAAUAAUCAAUGCCAUAAAUCUGAGAAAACCAAAGAAGUCUCUGGUUCUAGAACACAUCAGAAAACUCCUUUUCCAGGGAACGAUUACAAAUGUAAAACAUGUAAGAAAGUCUUUUUCCGAUACUCAAAGCUUAUUGUCCAUCAGUGUAUCCAUAUUCAAGAGAAGUCUUACCAGUAUAAUAAAGGUUUAGAAGCUUAUACCCAGCCUUCAAAACAUACUCAGUAUCUGGGAAUCCAUUUUGGAGAAAAUGCAUACAGAUAUAGUAAAUGUGAGAGAUUGUUUAGUCAAUCAUCAAAUCUAAAAAAACAUAAUUUAAUCCAUGCUGAAGAGAAACUCUACAAAUGUAAAGAAUGUGGCAAAGCUUAUAACCAUAUUUCACACCUUAUUCAACAUCAGAAAAUUCAUACUGGAGAAAAAUUUUACAAAUGUGGUACAUGUAACAAAACCUUUAGUCGUUCCUCAAGUCUUACUAUGCACCAGAGAAUUCAUACGGGAGAAAAAUUGUACAAAUGUGAUACAUGUAGCAAAUCUUUUACUCACUCCUCAACUCUUAUUGUGCACCAGAGAAUUCAUACGGGAGAAAAAUUGUAUAAAUGUAAUACAUGUAGCAAAUCUUUUAGUCACUCCUCAAGUCUGAUUGUGCACCAGAGAAUUCAUACUGGAGAAAAAUUUUACAAAUGUAAUACCUGUAGCAAAUCGUUUACUUAUUCUUCAAGUCUCAUUGUGCAUCAGAGAAUUCAUACUGGGGAAAAACCCUACAAAUGUAAAGAAUGUGGCAAAGCCUUUUACUGUAGUUCACACCUUACUGAGCACCAGAGAAUUCAUACAGGAGAAAAAUUUUACAAAUGUAAAACAUGUAGUAAAUCCUUUACUCAUUCCUCACAUCUUAUAGUGCAUCAGAGUAUUCAUUCUGGAGAGAAGCCAUACAAAUGUGAAAAAUGCGGCCUGUCUUUUGUCUGUUCUUCAACCCUUAGGCGACAUCACAGAAUUCAUACUGGAGAGAAACCCUACAAAUGUGAUGAAUGUGGCAAAGCCUUUAAUCAGUGCUCUCGCCUUACUAUACAUAAAAGAAUUCAUACUGGAGAGAAACCGUACAAGUGUAAAGAAUGUGGUAAAGGCUUUAAAACUAGUUCAGAGGUUAGUCAGCACCAGAGAGUUCACACUGGAGAAAAACUUUACAAAUGUACAGUGUGUACUAAAUCCUUUACUCGUUCUUCAUAUCUUAUUUUGCACCAGGCAAUUCAUACUGGAGAGAGACCCUACAAAUGUAAAGAAUGUGACAAAUCCUUUAACUAUAGUUCACUUCUUACUCAGCACCAGAGAAUGCAUACUGGAGAAAAGGUUUACAAAUGUAAUACAUGUAGCAAAUCUUUUACUCAUUCCUCAAGUCUUAUUGUGCAUCAGAGAAUUCACACUGGAGAGAAACCCUACAAAUGUAAGGAAUGUGGCAAAGCUUUUAACUCUAGUGCACAUCUUACUCGGCAUCAGAAAAUUCAUACUGGAGAAAAAUUUUACAAAUGUAACGCAUGUAGCAAAUCUUUUACUUAUUCCUCAAGUCUUAUCGUACAUCAGAGAAUUCAUACUGGAGAGAAACCCUACAAAUGUGAAGAAUGUGGCAAAGCCUUUAACCAGUACUCAAACCUUACUAAACAUAAGAGAAUGCAUACUGGAGAGAAACCCUACAGAUGUGAGGAAUGUGGCAAAACCUUUACCUGUAGGUCAUACCUUACUCAACAUCAGAGAAUUCAUAGUAGAAAGAGUCUACACCUGUGACAAAUGAGGAAAUAAUUUUAUCCAAAAUAUACAAGUUAGAAAUCACCAGAAGUAUCAUGGAGAAAGAAAGUUUCCAGAUGCAAUAAACGGAAGGGUUUAAUGAAAGUGCAAAUGUAAUUGUAUUGGGAUUUGCAGAAAGAAAGGCUAAACCAUGGACACUUUCAAAUUGUAUACCAAAACAUUUAUGAUGGAGACUAAUCCAAAUGCAAAGCAAUUAUAUGAUUUAUUCAUGUGCUUCAAAGAGGCAAAAAACUGAUAUUUGCAGAUGUGUAGUCAUUCCAUACUUUGGCAGUAUUGACAGUAUUUGGGUUAUUCGAAAAGCAGUUAUUAUUGACAUAAGUGAACUCUCAGUUCAGUUGAUGCUAUGCCUUAAUUUCUAGUGUUCAUAUGGUAAUAUGUGGUCUUUUUCUGCAUCGGAACCAUUAGACACCAUUCUAUAUUAUGUGGAUAUCAUUAAUAUCAACCUUUCUAUGGAUGUAUAAUUACAGAUGGAAAACACAUGAAGAAAAUCUAAAGAACAAUGCAGUUUGUGUUUGACUUAUGAAGCAUUCAUGCAUGUAAGCAUAUGGUAUGUGUUCUGAACAUUAUUCUGAAUUACUGAGAGGACCAAUCUAAAUUUUCUAAAUAAAUCAUUUUUCCACUUGUUCCUUAAGUGGAAAAAACUUGCCAAUUAAUCAAAAUACUGAGAUAUCUUCAUUGUAGAAUGAAGUAGAAGUCUUGAGUGUUACUUGGUGUGACAGAAGACACGGUAAAGUGUUGUAUAUUAUUUCAUGUGGUAGAAAUAUUUAUAUAUUUCCACAGAAGUCAGUGAAAAGUGAUGAUUACUUCUGUCUGAAAUGUUGCAAAUGUAUUUCUAUCCAACAUUCACUAAAUAGUGUCACACUUUUUAAAGAAAGAAAUCAGAAGUCUAAGAUUAUUAUAUUUGCCGAACAAUAAUGCUUCUGGAGUUCUUAUGAUUGUAUUUUAACAAGGGGACAUAUAAUUGAUUUUCAGAUGCAUUUUAAAGACUGUGUUUGAACAUAAUUUGUUUUAGUCAAUAGAACUAAAUGAUUUUUAAAGUUUAAUACUGAUGUGUCAUGAAGGAAUUGUUAUUGUGUCAUCAGUUUUACACUGUAUUCUCAUAUCUAAGACUGGUUAAUAUAUGUAAAUAAUAUUUUAUUAAAUGGCAGAGUGGAAUUAUUUCUCUAAUAAUCCCUUUUUCCUGAAGGCUUAAAAUUCCUAUAAUUUCGGCAAUAUUUUUGUCUAAGUCACUAUUUUGUAUUUUCUGAUUUUUGUAAUCAUUGCGAUAUUGUGGUAGUUACAAUAAAGAUUCUAUGGAAGUGUAAUUAGAAACCAUAUGUUUUAGAUCCUAAAUCACAGUUUAUGUAAUUUUAUGCCAUGGUUGUUUUGUACAUGCUCUCUUUAUGGGUGAAACGAAUAUAUAAAAUUUUCAUUUUCAUUUACAUGGUAUCGAAUACACUAAUAUAUUAAGCUAAUAGUUUAUGUAAUCUAAUCAUGCUUAGAAAUUAAUUUGGAGAUAAGUGGUGAUACAUUUAGUUAUGUUUUAUUCAACUAAUACAUUUUGUUCUUUUUCAAUUGGAGAAUGAAACUACUUAAAACAAGCAUCUUCCUAUUAUCAUUUCUAUUUUAAGUGGCAUCAUAAAAUGUACUGAUUUUACUGGACUGACUUUUUCAGAUAGAAACAGAAGCUUCAAAAAUCAUGCAGUUGUUCUGACAUUUAUAUAAAAGUAAGAAACACACAGGGCAGUGCUCUGUGUGAAAUAGAUGCUUAAUAUUAUGGAGCAAAACGUUCUUACUGGGGUGAGUUUGUAGAUGUAGGUAAGAGACUGAAAUGUCCAGAGUGGAGAACUGGCAUCAGCUCUGCACGUGCAGAGGGGACAUCUGUUGCCAGGCUGCACAGGUGACUCUCUGAAUUUAGAAAGAAAAUGCUUCUUGUACAAUUUUGUGAUCGUCUCCAGCUUUUCUCUCUCUUUUAUUUUAUCCCCACCUGCGUGUGCACCGCAGCCCUUCUCCCUCUUUGCCCGUGUUGUGGCUGCGUCCUUCUCACUGCUCUCCGGUGUCACGUCGUCUCACGCAGGGCUUCGUUCUGAGGAUUGGUAUGAAGUUUUCGUGAUACAAUGAUAAUUUCUUUCUGACUGGAGAGUUUGAAGACAUGCGUUGGUUUUAUACACACAGUUUAGAGCACUGAAUUGAAAUAAGAGGAAGGCGGUGCCAGGAGCCCAGAGCACUAAGUCAGGCGGUGAGCACUGUGGGAGACGUGGAGACAGAACAACCGUGACCGUGCUGUGCCUCUCAGAGAGGCGGAUGGAAUGUACUGGAAAGCGUAUAUGGGAAACACUUUUGCAAUGUGAGAAGCAGGCUGAACUGAGCUCACAGCACUGACUCUGAGUCACAGGUAGUUACAAGGGGUGUCGUCGUAUGGCCAAAUGUGACAUAGAUGGGAUGGGUACUUUGGGGAUAUUGUCAGUUGCUGAUUGUCAGGGUGGUGGGUUCUGUCCCCAUGGUUGGGAAUUACUGGGCAGUGUGCGGACCAGGUGCUGUUUGGAGUUUGAGAUUGUCGCAGUUUUUUCGACCUUGAUCAGCUUUAGUGGCAGGAGAUGGGGUGGUGGAUGAGUUCAAUUUUGUGGGCGUAGCUUUAACAUGUCAUGUUGUCAGAGUAGGUGUUUGAGACGAAGAUGCCGCUGGGCGACUGAGCUGGGCAGAGUAAGCAAGGUGUGCCGCCGUCACACACAGUCCCAGUUUCCCAGGGAGCUGUGUGUGUGACCCCCGUGCACUUAUGCAGAGUAUAACCCCAGCUCAGGUGAUAUCUGCUGUAGGCGGGUGACCCUCCAGGAAAGCCGGCCCACAGGUGGCACGGACCCCUCUUAUUGCCACUCAUGCUGUCAGUGAGUCAUGUCAUCCGUGCUCUGUUUGGGGCGCUGGGAGAGGGAGGGACGAUGGGACGGUCAGAUGCACUGGACACUUUAGCCUGAAACAUUCUACCCACUUUUUAGGAUAGAAACGUCCGUGUUCUUUUACAGCCUACGUUCCCCUUUCACCCAGCCUGUCUUGAAUGGAAAGUGGGUUGUGAAUUGUGGAAAUGGGUACAGUGAGGUUGGGUUGCAGGUUAGGUUCACACAGUUCACGUGGACACAGUUGAAAUGUAAUAAUGCACCGUCUUCCGUAGGUGCUGGUUUGUGUUCGGGCAUACCAAGAGAGGACUGCUGGGUGGUAUCGGAAUAAAAGACGCGUGUUUUGCCUUAUGUCCGUGGCGCGUGUGCAGCGGCACAGGACUGCUCACACAGUCCCCUGACUCCGGGCACGCUGGUCUGUUUCCAUUUCCUCUCUGUGCUCGCGCACACUCAGGCUGGCGGCUGCCCCGCCAUUGUCACGCCACAUCCCUGCAGCAGCAGAGAGUGAACGUCACCAGGAUAGGACGUAGAGUUUCACUGGAAGCUGCUGCUUUUAAAUUCAGAAAAGGCCGUUCUCCCUUUGCAUUGCUCUGCCUCAUGCUUUUCUUACUACUGUUGAGGCUUUUCUGCAAGUUUGCCAGUCCAGGGAACCCACCUAGGGGACUAAUGUUUGGGCUCAUAUGUAUGGUUGUCUUCUCCAUUAAGGCCUGGGGAUGCAAUCAAAUUGACAGCUUACCGUGACUGGUUUUACGUGGGUUCUGGUCUUGGUUAUCCAGGUGGGAAGGGGGGCUCAGAUGUGGACUGUCCUCUGCUUCGCCCUGGAAGACUGAGUGCCUUCUCUGGUCCACAGACCUUAGUUAAAUAUCCACUCAGGGUGUGAGUGUGUGGCCUGGUCUGGAGUUGAAAUUCUAAAGUCUGAAACCAAAGGUCUAGUCUGUGUGAACACACUGGAUGAAUCCUCGAGAGUCCAAGAAGGAAGAAAAUUCAGGAGUAAGGUUCCCCUGACAGCAGGUGUUGGACGAGAAUUUGUCACGCUGUUUUCAGGGCCACCUGGGGGGUAUGUGGGAAAGGUGGUGGUGGCCCUGGUGGUUCGAGGUGUGGGUUCCACUCCGACUCGCAAGGCAGGCUCUAUUACUCUGCACUCGGCUCAUCACACACGGCUUCGUUCUCUUAGGCUGUUCCCUGUGAUUAGCAGAUUCUCUAGGGGUCAAUUGUUCUUGGGACCCCCUACAGUUCUCCCCUGGUAUUAUACCAGCUUGAAAUUUCUCUUCCAGUUGACACCCUCACAGAUCUGUUAUGAAAACCUUUACUUCUCAUUCGUAAGUGAAAUUGUCCAAAUGGAUUUCUGCAAACUGUAGAUUCUGAAUGGGUUUGAUACCUUUCAUUUUUAGGCAGUACUUUGUGUUUCACAUAAUGUGAUUAUUUUGUGAGUUUUGCUUUGUUAGAGUACUUUUUAGAAUGAAUUAUCUUCUUAAGAUAUGUAUUGUAAUUUAUUAUCUACUUCCAAAUCAUUUUCAACUUUUUCUGUUUAAUUUUUCUGAAGGAAUACCCAUUGAAAUAUAUAAUUGCUACACUGAAUGAGUCUUCUGUUU